AGAAAGGUAAUGUCAGAAACACUCCACUUUAGGGUAUCAACGUCAUAUCCUUCAUUAACCACAGUUGGUGUACGGCUCAAGUUAAAGCUAGCUAGCUAAAGCUUUAGCCCCAUUUUGGACCUCAGCAGGGGGUGGGGGGAAUAUUUUAUUUUUAUCCGUAAAUGUAUCUUGCAACAGGUUACGUUUUUAGAAGCAUUUCAUGAACUUAAGGGUGUCUACUUGCUGUCUAGAAUGGUAAAUAUUCGCCUGGGCAAAAUAAAUGUUGAAAUAGGCUACGUUAUUUUCGUGUAGCUCCGCUCUCUGUACGCUGGAACGUAACCAACAUGCACGUGCCGCUACAUGCCUUGGUGGAAUGAACUAAACUUAACUAAACUAAAAUAAUAAUUAUUUUUAUUUUAUUGUAUUUAUUUUUUACUUUUAUUUAGUUUUUACCUAUUUAAAAUGUAAUGAAACUAAAGUAAAAUAAAAUAAUAUUUAUAAUGUAAACUAAAAAAUAAAAACAAUAAUAAUAGUUUAUGUAAUUCAUUCCUUUAAUUUAUUUUUUGUAUAUUAAUAAUAUAAAACGAAAUAAAAAUGAUUAUUAUUUUAUUUUUGUAUCCAUGGUCUAUUCAGAGUAUCAAUAUUUAUUGUCAAGAUAUGCUUGAGUUAAGAAUGUUCGUUGGGUAAAAUAAAAAAUACAAGCAUAAAAAUAAAAGGAUCUUGUCUUUGAAGUGGUGGCUUCAACACUAUGUUACUCUCUUCCUACAGGUAUCAUCUAGACCUGCAACUUACUAUUAGCCUGUUUUUAUUAUUGCUUCACUAGUCGUAUCAUUUUCUAGAUUAAUUGUUUUGUCUGUCCUGUGUAAUUUCUCAGAGCCCAAGUCACAUAGCCUAUAUUUUAUCGACCCAAAAGUCCAAAAAACUAAAGCUAUUCAACUUAUUAUAUGGACCAAGUCUUCUGACCACUCAAAGUGCUUUUUACUCUAUGAAUCACAUCCACCCAGUUACACACUGGUGGCCAAGGCUACUAUUGAAGGUGCCACCUGCUACUUAGAUGUGCGGACUGGAGGAGCCGGGGAUCAAACCACUGAUCUUGCGAUAAGUGGACAAUCUGCUCUACCUUCCGAGCCACAGUCACUGUUAUUAUUAUUAUGUAUAACGAAGAAAAGCCUGAAAUUCUUAAAUUUGAGAAGCAUGACACUAGCAAAUAUUUGGCUUUUCACCUAAAAAAUGAAUGAAAUGAUUUUUCAAUGAUCAAAAUAGUUGACAGUUUUCUGUCGAUCGACUAACUGAUAAAUCGACUAUUCUUUGCAGCUGUGCUCUCAAGUGAGCCAGAAUCUACAGUUCCAAAUCCUUGAACUAGCUCAGUUAAGUGGAGCACAGCCAUCAUUAAUGUUGUCAGUUGCAGCUGUGCUUCUCCUGCUUCCUCCUCUUGUAUUGUUCUUUUGCCUAAGACUUUUAACUUUGGGAGUGCUGUACCGAAUCACAGAGAAAUGUACAACUCCAGUUCCGUGGUCACAAAUUCAGUGGAUAUGGAGGAGCUGUCUCAUAGAAGACUUUGAAUUGUCAAAGCAGUAAAGCAAAUGUGUAAAGAUAGCUCCAUGAAGCCAUAUCAGGGAGUGAGUGUGCAUAAUAUCAGAGCCCUGAAACUAGCUCCCCUAAACGGAAUGCAGCCAUCAUUAAUGUUUUCCUGCUAAGUCAAAAUGUCUGCCAUGAAAUGGCUUUAUUGACCACUCAGCGAGGUGUGAUAAACAUGCAUGUGUAUAUUUGUCUUUUGAGAUAUCAUAACAGCCCAAUUUUGGGACUUUUUAACUUUUAUGUGUACAUGAACCAGGUUAGUUUGCAAAAGAGAGUCACAAAGCUUGGACAGAAGCUAUGUGUUGCGGUGUUUGCUUUUUUCCUUUGAUGUAAAAUUAGAUGUAGAAGUAGCAUAUGAAAAAACAGAACUUGAAAUGAAUAAACACCCUGCACAAAUGCUAAACAAAAUAUUAGUUUGUGUAGGGCUGAGCUAGUUUUCUCAAUUCAAUAUAUCCAGAAUCAUUAAUGGAAAAGUUUUUAAUCUAAACAAGCUUUGAGCGAUUUUUUUUUCCUGACUGUAUUAUCCUUGUGCGCUUGAGUAUAUCUUUAUGUAUUAGGGAGCCCUCUGCUGUAUGCUUGUGUUCAUUACAACUUAGUCACCCACUCAGACCACUGGUUCAGGAAGAGCAGUCUUGUUCUCAGUCACGUGAGCAGUGUAUGAUGCAUCAUAUAACACAUCUCUUUCAGACAAAUGCAGCCUGAAUGGAUCAACAUGGGUCAUCCUGCCUGUCUUCACCACUGUGGACCAGCAUUGAAAACAGCAAAUUUGGAGGCAAGACAAUCAAAGAGGAGCAGAAAAAGAUGUCGUGAUGUGACGAUGACUCCAACUCCCAGCUGCAGGAUGCACAAAACAAGUAAAGAGAAGGUCAGUAUGAGUGGGGGUGUCAAUGUAAAGUCGGCCCCCAGGGCUCCUCCCUCAUCAGGAAUCCCACUCCCACACAGCCUGUUGCCCUCCUCCCCCAAAGCAGACCCCCGCCGCCGGGCUAGUGAACUACCCAGGCCCUCAACACAGACCCCUAAACACACACCCACACACACUCCCACACACACACCUAGGCACUCUCCUUUACUUUGCCCACGGGGCUCCAGCAUCCCUGGGCCUUCCUCCAGGGACCCGAAGAGAGACGUCGGCCUGAAAAGCCAGCUCUUCCACCGGACGGGAGCUCUCCCAGCUCCCCAGGUGUCACGCUCUGCCUACAGCAGCCCUUUGACCCAGCGUAGGGUGCCAUCGCCACACUCCAAAGACACACUGGAUCUAGGAAAACCCACCUCGCCUCUCAUCCCCUCACUGUUUCCACAUGACAGCAAUCGCAACAGAAACACUCUCACCAACAAGAACCAAACAUGGGGAGCCAGCAACCUGCGUCCACCACUACAGUUCAGAGGAGGAGACAACUCCAACACUGUAUCCCAGGCAACGAGUGAGGUCGUGCCACAAAGAGAGGAAGAGCCUCGAGAAAACCACCCAGCCCGGACCACCAUAUCAAACAACGGUAACCUCCGCUCCUGUCUUCCGCAAACAAGCUAUGAGCAGGCCAUCAGAGGUCGCAGUGACUCCACCAGCCAAUCAGACGAGGAGAUGGGGACUCCUGAGGACAGCAGUCCAGCCUGCUCGCCCUGUCCCCUGCCGCUGCCACCACUCACAUUUACCAUGCCAGUAAUGUCCAAGGCGGCUGUCAAUAUGCUGGAUCAAAGCCUAGACGAGGAGGCAGCGUCUACAGAGGCACACACACCCAGAGUCAACAUGGCCACUGUGGCUCCCUUCAGCUACAGGCUGCAUGCUCAGGACAGCGAUUUUUCAGUGGAUGAACUCAGUGACUGCUCAUCUGGAUCCAUAGAAGUCUGCUGUGACGACCUAACACUAGGAGGGAUGCUGGAGGCUAAUGUGGCUAACAUUAGCAUGACGGCCAAGCCCAGAGAACUGGACCUGAGGUCUGCUGCUGUCUCCUGCCAGGAAACUUCAGCCCAGGCCAUGGCCUCUAGGAAGCCCCCGGCCAAGCCCUCUGCUCUGCCCCAGGGACCGUCACGUCCCUCCGGGUCAGAGCUCAAGGUCUACCGGCCCUCCUCUGGAUCUAUCCCUAUCCCAAUCCCCAAUCCGUCCAGGCUACGCAAGCAGCGAUCACUAAACAACUUGUGUGUGCUCACUGAUGCUGAGAAGAAGCUGCACCUGUACCAGUCUCCCCGCUGGAGUGACGAUACGAGCCGGCCUGGCACUGGCACCAACAAGCCGGGCCAGACUAAGGCAGGACAGGCUGGGGGUGGGAGACCACCACUUUCACGGACCCUAUCAAAGUCCGAACAGUCUCUUUUCCAGGGGAAACCCAAACCUUUCUGCUCCCCGUCCGUGACUUCAAACGGGGGCAAGCCGAGUCGAAUCCCAGCCCCUGGUAAACCACGGGGACCUUAUGCCGAGGUCAAGCCCAUCAGCAAGGCCUCUGAGGCAGGCCAGAGUGUAGACACAGACCCUGCAGACCCCCCAACUAAGGCUAACUCCAAUGGAGCUGGGAAUACUGGGACUAAUGGUAAGAAACUAGGGGAGAAGGUGAGAUCUGCAGCCCUGUCAACAGAGGAGAAGAAAGAGAGGAAGGGGGUAGAAGGAGAAGACGAUAAGAGCUUUCUGAAGGUGGAUCCAGAGUUGGUGGUGACGGUUCUGGGAGACCUGGAGCAGCUGCUCUUCAGCCAAAUGCUCGACCCGGAGUCCCAAAGGAAGAGGACUGUGCAAAAUGUUCUGGACCUUCGACAGAACCUGGAGGAGACCAUGACCAGCCUGAGAGGGGUGCAGCUCAGCCACAGCUGUGUGGAGGGGAACGUGUGCUACGACAGCGAUGAAGCCGCUGCGUUCUCAAUUUCCAGCCUGUCAAAUCGCUCCUCUCCGUUGUCAUGGCGCCAGGGUCAGGCUAGCCCCCGUCUGCAGGCUGGCGAAGCUCCGUCCACAGGUAACACCCAGUCGGACGUCCCGCUCCGGAUCAGCCACACGGCUCGUAUCCAACUCAUCGAGGCGCUGGACGACUCGGACCCGUCCCUUCUGAAGGGGGAUUACCUCAGCAACAGCGACCUCAGCAGAAAGAGCCCGAUCGAGGAUGAUGAAGAUGAUGAUGAUAUUGACGAUCUGGGGAAUGGUUGGGACGAGAGCAGUUCCAUCAGCAGCGGUUUGAGCGAUGGCUCAGACAACCUCAGCUCUGAAGAGUUCAACACCAGUCCCACACUCAACUCUCUGCCCACCACUCCCAUCGGCUCCCGCAGAAACUCGGCCAUAGUGAUGCGGACAGAUGCAGAGAAGAGAUCUCUGGUGGAGAGCGGUCUGUCCUGGGACUCUGAUGAUACCAAACCCAGCCGCAAGAGCCAGGGCGGUGGCGUCUACGAUACAGGAAGUCUCAAGUCCGAAUCGGCCAAUAAAUGGAAAAAGACGCGGACACAGGGGGAGGGGCUGGAAGGAGGGAAGGGCGAACUGAAGAAACCUCAGACCUUGGGUCAAGGAAAUGUGUUGAAGAAAGGACGAAACCCACCUGUGGGAGUCACCUCUCCAAUCACACACACCUCUCAGAGUGGGCUGAAAGUGGCAGGUACAGUCAAGUCAGAUGGGAAGCCAAUGGAUAAGUCCCGGCUAGCAGUGAAGACUGCCGGCCUUCAGCGCUCUUCUUCUGAUGCUGGUAAAGACCACAGAAAUGGCACCGGUGCUGGUGAGCAACGUAAACCUCCGUCCGGCCUCGUCAGGCCCUCAACUGGUGGAAACUUUGGCUUCAAGAAGCCUGCAACUGCCACCAAUAAUGGCACAAACAAUCCCAGUAUGCCCUGUGGCUCUACAACUGUGGGGAAGAUUCCCAAAUCGUCGGGUAUUCCUGUCAAACCAGGGGCUGGUGGUGGUGGUGGUGGUGGAGGAGGACGUAAGACAAGUCUAGAUGUUUCAAGCAGCGACCAGAGUGGUUUUCUAUCUCCGAAUGCCAGGACAUCUCUCCAGUACCGCUCUCUGCCUCGCCCAGCAAAGACAAGCACCCUGACUCUAACUCGGCCAAGCUCAGCUCGUCCAGUGAGCACUACGAUGGACACCAGCUCUGGGCUGAUCAAACCGGCCCAGGGCUCCAGGCUCAAAGAGCCCGCCUCAGGGCUCAGCUCUGGGUUGAGUAAAGCAGGUGGUCGUGGGAUCCCGAGUCCCAGUCCUGUCAAUCAGACAGACAGAGAGAAAGAGAAAGAGAGGGCCAAAGCUAAAGCUGUGGUAUCUGACUCUGAGUGUGGAGGUGGGUCUCUGAAGGGCAGCCCUGCUCAGACGCCCUCAGAGAACGGAGGGAAGCUGCAGGGCCUGAGACCUCCCAGCAGUGGUAAGGGCAUGGAUCUGCCCUCACCCAACACACACAGGCUAUCUGGGAUACGCAGCCUGGCAAAGCCUCCAUCUAUGGCCCACCUUGACAAGCUGAACUCAAACAGCCUAGAGGUGGGGGUUCAGGACUCCCUGCCACCCAAAAUUCCUCCAUACUCCAAACUCCAGGACCUGGCCAGCUCAGCAGGCAGCUCCCCUGGCCCCUGUCUGACCCCCAGCCCUGCCCCUCUACUCAAUGUGAACUCCUCAGCCUGCUUCUCAAACUCAGGGACUGGCUUGGGGCCCAGGCAGGUCUCUUCUCUCGGGGUUCAAGGGAGCGGAGGGAGCACCUCACCCCUGCUCUACCCUCGUCUGUCUGGGCUGCAUCGCAGCAUGGAGUCGCUGCCGCUCCAGAUGAGUCUGGCCCCAGAGCCCCAGGGGAUGGAGAAGGAGAAGGAGAGGGAGAGGGAGACUUUAGUGAGAGGCUACACCACCUUGGAAUCCCGACACAAAGAUAGACAGGAAGAUAGAGGCCCUCCUGCCAGCUGGAGCUCUGGAAGUAAAGUCUCGAUGUCUCUCACGGACAGCUCUCAGAGAGACAGAAACACACUGCCAAAGAAAGGUUUAAGUUUCAGCGGUGCCUCUCAGGUUGAGGAGGAAGGGAAGGAGAAAGGAGAGAGGAGACACUCUCAUACCAUUCUCAGUAUGACGGACUCGCUCACUCUUCCACUGCUGUCCUCACCCACCUCCCUGCCCCGCACUUCUAAGAACAGUAUGGUACCCAGCCCUGUCGGUGGACCUCCGAGGAUGACUCGGUCCAACAGCAUCCCAACGCACGAUGCCUCUCUGGAGCUGUACGGAGCGUCUCCGCUUGGCAGCACACUGUCGCUGGCUGAACGCCCCCGCAGCAUGGGAAUGGUUCGCUCCGGAUCCUUCAGGGACAAGGAGCAAGACGAGGUUCAUGGGUCGGUACUCUCCCUGGCGUCCAACGCCUCAUCUAGCUACUCCUCGGUGAGUGUGGGCAGCAUGCAGACUCAGGCUGAGGAAAGGAUUCAGGGAGAGCAAAUCCGGAAGCUGAGGAGGGAGCUGGAAUCGUCACAGGAGAAGGUGUCUAACCUGACGACACAGCUGACAGCAAACGCAAAUCUGGUGGCGGCGUUUGAGCAAAGUCUGCAGCUGAUGACGACACGGCUUCAGAGUCUGUCAAUAAGUCACGAACAGAAGGACUCAGAGCUGGUGGAGCUGAGGGAGACCAUUGAGGCUCUGAAGCUCAAGAAUGAAGAAGCCCAGGCUGUCAUACAAGGAGCCUUAAACACCCCAGAUAAUAUGAAAGACAUGCGGAUUCGACGUCAGAACUCAUGUGAAAGCAUCUCCAGUCUCAACAGCCUGACCAGCAUGUCGAGCGUGGGCAGCUUGAAGGACCAAGAUGCCAAGAAGAAGAAGAAAAAGAGCUGGCUGAGGAGCUCCUUCAACAAAGCAUUCAGCAUUAAGAAAGGCUCCAAAACAUACUCAGACAUCGAGGAGAUCGCCACCCCCGACUCCUCGGCUCCCAACUCCCCAAAGAUGCUCCAUGAAGGAGGAGAUGACGGCGAAAACCAGCCUUCAUCUCUCAAAACCUCGGCCUCUGCCACUUCUUCUGUGAUCAUGGAGACUACAGAAGAGGGUGACAAUGAGGAAACUGCGGUAUCAGACCUGCGCUCAGAACUCUGGGUGAAAGAGAGAGAACUGACAGACAUCCGACUGGAGGCCUUAAGCUCUGCACAUCAGCUGGAGCAGCUCCGAGAAGCCAUGAACAGCAUGCAGUCAACGGUGGAGAACCUAAAGGCGGAGAAUGACCAUUUAAAAACAGGCUCUGGUCCAACCUCUUCCACUUCCCAGCCUUCAGGCCUGGCCUCUCUCCUGGGGCCCUCACUGAGGCAGCCGAUGAGCAUGUCCCUCACCAAGUCCUUCAGCCUCAGUCUGAAUGAUUGUAAAGAUCCAGACGCGUCUUCAGUUGACUCGUUAAGUGUGUCUUCCCAGCGGGAUGAGGUGUGCGCACGAGUGCUUGUCCACAUUUCAGAUCAAGCAGAGGACAGUAAGCAGCAGCAGGAGUUCUACCUUGGCUCGGUGCUGGUCGGUGCGAGAACCGACUGGUCCUGUCUCGACUCUCUCAUAGCCAAGACCUUCAAGGACUACCUUACGCAAGUGGACCCGACUGCCAGCCUGGGUCUGUCCUGUGAUUCGCUGCACAUGUACCAGCUGACCCAGGGAGUGCAGAGGGUGAUAGGAGGGGAAAAACCUCAAGCCUCACCUUAUCGCUGCCUCAGCAAUGGUUCAGCGCAAAUACUUGUCACUUUGAAAGGUCUCAGAGAAAAAUGUGUUGACUCACUGGUGUUUGAGACUCUGAUUCCUAAGCCAAUGAUGCUGCACUACAUCAGCUUGCUGCUGAAACACAGGCGUCUGGUUCUGUCUGGGCCCAGCGGGACAGGAAAGACUUACCUGGCUCAACGUCUAGCCCACUACCUCCUGCAGCGCAGCCGGUCUGACUUGUCCGAGGCCGACCACGAGACCUGUGUCCUUGGCCGCAGCGCCGCCGUAACCUUCAACAUGCAUCGUCAGUCACAGAAGGAGUUGCAGUUGUAUCUGUCCGAUCUAGCAAAUGAGAUCGACAGAGAGAGUGGAGGAGAACUGCCGCUGGUUGUUAUUAUAGACGACAUUAGUGACUCAGCAGCCACCACUGAGCUUGUUAACGGAGCUCUCACCUGCAAGUAUCACAAAUGUCCUUACAUCAUUGGGACAACCAAUCAGCCUGUGAAGAUGACGUCUAACCACAGUCUGCACCUCAGCUUCAGGAUGGUAAUAUUCUCCAACAAUGUCGAACCUGCUAACGGGUUCCUGCUGAGGUACCUGCACCGUAAAGCUGUGGAGGCCUACCAGGAGAAGGAGCAGGACUCCGCACACCACCAGGCUCUCCUCCGCGUACUGGACUGGAUCCCUCAGCUCUGGUACCACCUCCACACGUUCCUGGAGAAACACAGCACUUCAGACUUCCUCAUAGGUCCCUGCUUCUUCCUGUCAUGCCCAGUAUCAGUGGCAGAGUUCAGGCAGUGGUUCAUUGACCUGUGGAACCACUCCAUCAUACCGUACCUGCAGGAGGGAGCCAAAGACGGCAUCAAGGUGCACGGGCAGAAGGCAGUAUGGGAGGAUCCCGUGGAGUGGGUGAGAGGGACUCUCCCCUGGCCCAACGCACAGCAGGACCAGUCCAGGCUCUUUCACCUACCUCCCCCCAGCAUAGGUCCACCCAGUGAGGAGAAGAAGCCCCCCAAAGAUACACCUCCACCCAGCACACUGGAGUCAGACCCACUGAUGGCCAUGCUGCUGAAGCUCCAGGAGUCGGCCAACUACAUAGAGUCUCCAGAGCGGGAAGGCUGUCUGGAUCCUUCUCUGCAGGCGACACUCUGAGAACAACAUGCGACUGUCAGUCAAGCUAUGGAACUAAGGACUCUUCAUCACGGCUGACACAGCGGGUGCAGUCCCAGUGAGACUUUAAAGACUCAAUAAAUAACUUAACUGUGUGCUCAGUGAGCAGCUACAAAGCUAAAUGUAAAGGAUCUAUAGAUAGAGUGAUUAUGGACGAAGGGCUUGCUCUGCCCUGCUAUCAGAAAGAAACUGCUCUCACAGGGAGCUGUGAUGAUCACGUCAGGGAAAGACAUCGACUUGUCUCUUCUCUGCCCUCAAUGAGUUCCAGAUUGGUUGUUGUUGAAUCUGCAAGUGCAUGGUAACCGGAAUAGUAUGAUGCAAAAUAUUACCUAUAAUCCUACUGAUCAAGACCCAUGUUUUUCUUUUUAACUGCCACAACUCUCACCUUCGAACUAUUGGUGCUUAUUGUUCUGGUUUUCUUUGAAGGCUUCAUUUUACAAAGAAAUUCACUCUGAUUUCCUAAAAGUAGGAUCAUCACUCGACGACAGCCAAAAAAUGCACUUUAUUUUCUACUUGUGGUAAUUGGGUUUUAGCAGGCUGCGUCGGUGACUGUGUAUCAAACAGGAAUCAUGCAGUGCAUUAGCAAUUCCUCUAGAUGGCAGCAUCUACUCCUGCCUCAGUGCUCUCCUGGUGUGCUUUCUGACUUGGUGCUCAGUAGAAUAUAUAACACAUACUCUAUAACACAACUAUAAAAAUGGCCUUGAAUGUUUUUUGUUUCUUUUCAGUUCAGCCAUUGUGUCAUUCACAGAUCGAAUAUCAGAACCCCGAAGCUGCAAGAGUAACAUGCAUGGGUGAAUAAUGAAUGAAAAUCAGUUUUAGGGUCAGCCUGUAAAGAAAACGUCAUCAUCGGUAUGUCUCCAGUAAUAUACUGACAUCAUAACCACAGAAACUGACCCUACUCAACCAACAUACUGUAUUGUAAACACACACAGGACAAAAAAAAUGCUUGUUUAUCUAGUCUGCCCAAACGGCCUACCAUUUCUGGCUAUGCUUGCGUACGUUCUGUAUUUAGAUAUGGGUUUUAAAACAUGAAAUUCUCUUGUGAUAGAUGAGGAUACAGCUUUGAAAAAUCUUGAUUUUGUAGGAUUUUAUACUGAGUCAUCUUCAACAGUCAUCUGUAUACAGCAGCAAUCACCUACGUAUACCUAACACGCCAUCAUGGACUGCGGUGUUACACUUCUGUCGUCACUGUUCGCUCAGUCAUUUCUCAUUCAAUGUCCCUCAAGGGGAAGUGGACAGCAUUGUUUAAAAAGAAAGAAGUGAUAAGAAUCUGUACAAACUAGAUCAUUUCCUUUCUCAUUGCAUUUGCUCUUUAUAUCUUUGAUAACACCUUUUUUUCAAACGGUUUACUUCUCACACAUUUGUAUUAAGAGUUACUGAAAGAGAAAGGGCUGCGGGUAAGAAAGGUUGAAACUCAUUUUGAGUGGCUUCCUCCUAUUCCUUUCCUUCGUUCGUUUGCACAUAAUAUAUGUCGGAGUACUAGAGUACAGAGAGUAUUUAUUGCUCACACCUUGACUGUUCUUGUCAUGAAGGAAGAAGGUAUAUAAAGACGUGUUUAGAGGAGGAAACUGUAGGUAGUGGAGAUAUUCUUAAACCUCUCAGCCCUGUGCCCCCCUUUGACCCUGAAGUACCUCAGACUGCCAUACUCUGUCCAGACGUUCCUCUACUUUCCAAACAGGGUGCUGGUGUAAAGUAGAGACAUGAUGCCUAAGUCUAUCUGUGCCUGAAACACGAUUUGGCCUAAAGCUGCUUUCGAGGUGCUUUAAUCUACCAUGCGGAGGCCUCGAUUCAGAGGAAACAUCAUCACUUCCUCUCACCUACUCUGAUGUCACUCUAAUGUUGUCACCUCGAUGGGUUAUCGGUUUUGAUCUUUGGCUUGUUGUCAUGGUGAUAAGCUGUUAAGAUGAUGUGUGUGUCAGUUAAUUCUGCAGUAGAUGAGAAUGCGAAUCACGACCGGGCUGCCUGCGUGUGCUUUGACACCAUUUUAAACUUAAAGUGUGAAAGACUUGACAUCUUUGUGGAGUUGCCUGAGAGUCGGAAGCAGUGUGAGAACAGAUUUUAGCCUGGAGAUGUAGUGUCGAUGCAUGUAUCCCUGGUGUGUUCCCAAAGUUUCGUUUCAUUGGACCUACCACACUUAACCUUGUCACAGGAGGGAUUUUUAUUAACUGGAUAUCUUCCUCUUUUCACGUUGCUUUUAAGAGCAGACAUUUGUUUUUUCUUAUGCAAAUAUUUGUAAAGGUUUCUUUCUCUUUUGUACAUGACAUCACUAUUGUAAACACUGUAAAUAGUCAGUGCAUCUGCGACAACAAUCACUAAAAAAGAACCUGUAGAGAUCUAAGAGAAGGCAUGGCCCCUGUAUGCAGAAAACGGGCGUCCUCGAUGGGUUUAUUGUCCUCCUCCAGUGGGGAGGAGCACCUGGCUUAAAAGGGGGCCUAAUAAUGGUUGUAUGGCAUGUCUCUAUAACCACAUCAAAUCCCAUAUGUCUAACAUUGAGCAAUGAACACAAUAAAGUCAUGCCAUUCUUCACAUCA